AUGUUUCUGCCCAUCCCUUCCGUACUUCUUGAUCCAUUUCUGACCCACCUCUUCGCAUUCGGCCUUCUCAAUCCAUCCUGUCGUAACAACCAAUCCACUCAUCUGUCUAUCUCCUACCCUGCCAUCCCUGGUUCAAUGCCUCAAAAAAAAGGGAAUGAGGGCAAUGAAGUCGAGGAGGAAGAGAGUUACUACGUGAGUGUUCGCGACCUCUCCUUUGACCUGCUUCGACAGCGGGCAAGCGCGACCAAUUUGGGUGUGGCGGAGCGACGCCAGGCGCGGCGCGAGUUGCUGCUGAAAAUGGGCGCCAAACCGCCUAAGGGCACCGCCGUCAACUACCGCCUUCUGAUGGAGACUCGAAAACGCGAACGGCAGAAUGCUCUCACUGACUACAAGAAUGAGCGCUUCAAGAAGACUACACUGGAGAGGCAGUUGGGAAGACACGCCAAGAACAAGCGAAGACGUCGAAAGGCCCUGCGUCACAGCAAGGGCUUACCCAACUUGGAACGUGGUGCCUGGAUCGCCACCGACGUCCUUCCAGUCGUGGAAGCUGAUCGUUGUGCAGGAAGCAUUGAGGACAGGGCUAAGGACAAGACUGCGGCCUCACGUUACCCGAUCUCCACGCUGUUGGAACUGAGCUCUUCCUGUGCCAACAGCAUCCCAUUCCUUCCGUGCGUUUACAAUGGGCCCACCCUCUGGCACGUCUGCCUCCUAAUCGUAAGAAGGGUCCAAAGUUCUUUACCACCAGAGGAUCCCGACAAAAAAGAAACAUUUCCCUAA